AUGACUGGUCCCCAGAGAACGCCAACUUCCUACCCUUCCCACCUCCAGGCAUUAGAAGAACGCUUCACAGCUGGAAUAAUAGAAAUGCCAACCCCUAGGCAACCCAUUCUGAGUUUCCCUUCCCAGCAAGAAUCUGAUGACUCUUUGCUAGAAUCCCUUGAUGAAGGAGGUUUCCGUUACCCCUUCGCACCCCCCCUGUCAAAUGUCACUCAUCGUCCUUUCCUCAUCCCAGGACCCCUGGACUCCUCUAAUAGUGACGCUGUAGUUUUGCACCAGUUCCCUGGGCCCCUGGAGGUUCCUCACGUGUUGGAAGCAUCUAGCGGAUCUUACCAUGUGGCUCCUACACAGGUUUUUCCCUCCUCAUCACCUAUGAAUAUCUCGUCCUCUCCAAACCCUGACAGUCCCGCUGCUGCAUCUACUGAUUCCCCCAGUAUGCCUCCUCUCGCCUCUGACGCCUCUGACAAUGGCAGCCUCAACCAUGCCCCCAAUCUACAGCUACUAGCUGACGUCAGCGAGUACAUUACUGCAUCAGAAGGGCAUAGCAGCAACCCCCAGGACAAUCCAUUCCCUUCGACACCUCCACCCCAGUUCAAGAUGUCUACCCCUUGGAAUGUGUAUUACCCUACUUCCCUGGAGCAUACGCUACCACUGUUACUUGCCCUCCCAUGGGCGUUCCCAUUGACAGCAAUCCUGCUUUUGGCUUACAUCGGGUAUCAACAACUGCAGCAGAUGUACUUCAAGUUGCUGAACCUGUAG